AUGGAGAACUAUCAGCAAAUGAAAUGGAUUUCAAAUCCUUUUCAAGAACAUAACAUGACAAGUGGGUUAUCAAUAAGAGCUAAAGAAGAAUUAAUCGAACUAUUUGAAGAUAGUGUGUUUAAAAUGGAUUUCAAUCGAAAAAAAUUAAUAAGUUUCUGGUUAUCAGUUCAAGAAAAUUAUCCAACUGUUUCCAAUGAAGCUGUAAAGAUGCUACUCAAAUUCAUUUCAUCAUAUAAUUCAACAAUGGUUCGCUUUAGUAGUAAUAUAGACGUGAUAUCUAUUAUUAUAGUUGGUUUUACUUUAAAUUAUGCUAGUGCAGGCAUAACAAAUCCGCCUGAUGGGAAGGGGAACCAAGAGUGCGGUGUUACUGGGGGUUUUGUGGCGACGGGUCCAUAUAAAACAGUUAUACCUAUGGUUGUUGACAAACAGAAAAAGUCAUCCAAAAAUAAGGGUUUAGAAGAAGGCACAUAUUUUGGUGAGCCCGAGCCCGAAAAGGAAGUGUUAUCCAGAAAGGGUAAUUAUUAUUACCCCAGCAUAUUUUAA